UAUCGACUUAACGGGAGUUGACUGUAUGUUGGAAGAGCGAUUGGUGACAUGACACAUCUGCUGCAGGAUAUGGAUGGCCAGAAGUGUCUUCAUUCGGAAGUUGGUUGCCUAGGACACAGUGCGAAGGCCAAUCAAAUGCCGGGCGAUCGCUACAGCUCUUCUAGAUUAUGAAAUAUCACACAUUAACACCAGCAAUUCCUCCACAGAUGCCACGAAGUGAACUUUCAUGUGAUUCAAUAUUCGAAUACAGCACCAAAGAACUAUGCCUGCCUGGAAUCUGCGGAGUGGCGGUACCUCAGGUGGGCCGCAUUGCGAUUCGGAUAGAAGUUAACUCGUAUAUAAACACCCUUCAAGCACGCCCUCUUUGCUCAGGAAAGUUUUUCUAUCACCAACAUCGUACAAUCGUAUUUUCAACAUGUCUAUUGAAACCCAGCCAUACGACUCCCUGCCGUCUCUAUAUGAUGCCGGAAGCACGUUUGAUGCGAUCAACGGCAACAACUUUAUCAAGGAGGUUAUGAAGCCUCUAUUUCGAACGUAUGGAAUCGAACAUUCUCUUGGCCUGGCUCUUAUGCACUCGCACUUCAAGCUAGAGGACAAUGAGAGGUUGACGGACAUUCGCGGCAAGUCACUUGCUUGGACUGGACCAGGAGGAGGGCCGGCAGUAUGGCAGCUAGACGGCAAUGUGCUCCGACCUCAUGAGUUCUCAUUUGACUCCCACCUUGAAACGCCAGACUGGGGCUCUGAAAUGUAUCAACAGUUCUUGUCGGCUUUUGGCAAGGUAUUGGUUGGAGUAGGAGCGCAAAAUAUUUUUGGGCUCUGCAGCUACCCUGGUGAUGAUUUUGAGGGUCGCGUUGAAACGACAAUCGGUAGAGCGAAUGUGAAUUUGAAGACUUCGGAAGCCGAUUUGUUCCUUCCGGGUCGACGUCGCGAUGCUGCCUGGUUUUUCGCCGACGAACUCAAGGAUGACUCCUGUAAGUGUACUUGCGUCACCAACAAAGAUAUCGAUAAUCAUGAGCACAAUGGAGAUCACCUCGUGGUUGGAUGAUUGCAUCAUAUCUCAAUUUACCCAAAUGUGUGGGCAUUUGAAGUGGACGUCAAUGAUUAGCGUAACCUGGAAUCUUAGCCUUCUCAAUAGCCAAACGUAGCUCUGCCUCCCUUUUUAUCGUCAACACGACGUGCUCUCGAAACGCUCGAAAUUGUAAUGGGAAGCGAACGGCCCAUUUCGAGCCUUCCUUAUCUUCAAGAACGACAAUAACACAUUCGCUGCCUCCGAAGGGCCUUUCGCGGGUGUCCAUUAUGAAUUGACAUUCACGGCCAAGAAAAUGGCCCAUUUCCUCUUGAAGUCCGUCCAAACUAAUAUUGUCGUACCCCUCGAGUACUCUUUUGCGACCGUGGGUGUCCAUAGUUACUUCGCGACCUGCAUCCGAAGAACCUAGAUUGAACUUGUAGUUCAACGUCAAUGAUCACGUAAUAAACAGAUACUGUUGAGGUCGACAAGAAUGCAUCACCAUAAUAAGAUGGAAGAUUUCGGACUAAUCAUGUGAUGUAAGUUACGUAUUAACUGUUG